GGGUCUUCACCUUAAUGGGCUUCAACGAGUCCUGUGAAGCAGGCGUGAGGUUGCGACCGGUGGCUUCCCCGAUGCGCCCGAACAGCUACCACCGGCUGGUCUCCUACACCAAAAACUUGGCGGCCGAGGCGAAGCAGGGCAGGCACCAUGAGGCCCUCGACCUGUUCGCCCAAAUGUUCGCCUCCCCCGACCUCGCCCUCGACCCCUUCGUCUUCUCCCUCGCGCUCAAGUCCGCCGCCGUCCUCCGGCUUCCCCUCACCGUCCGCGCCGUCCACGCUCACGCCGUCAAGUCCGGCCUGCUCCACGACCCCUAUGUCGCGUCCUCGCUCGUCGACUCCUACGGGAAGUGCGCCUCUCUCGUCCACGCGAGGAAGUUGUUCGACGAUUGCACCCAGCGGAACGCUGUCGUGUGGAACGCCUUGAUCUCGCUCUACUGUCGCUCGGGUGACGUCCCCAGCGCGCUACGGCUGUUCGAGCUCAUGGACGUGCCCCCGACCGCGUCGUCCUACAACUCGGUUAUCGCGGCCAUCGCGGAGUUCGGCGGAGGUUCAGGUUCGUCUCGAGCCAUCGAGUUGUGUAGGAAGAUGCAGGUCGCUGGCAUUAAGCCCAACCUGAUCACAACUUUGGCUUUGUUCCCUGCUUGCGUUGGCACUGGAGCGUUGAAUUCGAUCAAAGAGAUUCAUGGCUUUGCUCUUAGGAAUCACAUUCAGCCAAAUUCGCAGUUUGAUAGCGGGCUGGUUGAAGCUUAUGGGCGUGGCGGCUGCUUACCCUAUGCGCGUUGUGUUUUCGAUGAAAUGGAGGAAAGGGAUGUAGUCUCGUGGAGCUCCAUGGUGUCAGUUUAUGCAUUUCAUGGCCAUGCUAACAGAGCGAUGUCAGUGUUCAAAGAAAUGGAAUUGGAUAACAUUCGGCCGGAUGGGAUCAUGUUCCUCAGCGUACUGAAAGCGUGCAGUCAUGCUGGACUGGCGGAUGAUGCCUUGAAGUAUUUUGACAUCAUGACUAAGGUGUAUGGACUCGACGCAGGCAGUGAUCACUACUCGUGUUUGGUGGAUGUAUUGAGUCGAGCAGGUUGGUUGAAAGAGGCGUACGAGGUCAUCAGGGGGAUGCCGAUGAAGGCGACCCCUAAGGCCUGGGGGGCGCUUCUUGGAGCUUGCCGUAGCUAUGGUGAGGUCAGACUCGCUGAGAUUGCCGCAGAAGUGCUGUUUGAGAUCGAGCCAGAGAAUGCAGGCAAUUUUGUGUUGCUUGCAAGCAUAUAUGCAGGCGCAGGGAAAUUUAAAGAGGCUGAGAGAGUGAGGAUGGUAAUGGAGGGAAGGGGUGUGUCGCUGAACCCAGGCGGUAGUUGGGUUGUACCUCGUAGGUCUUGAUUUUGCAGAGCAGUGGCUUAACAUGGAAGUCUGGUUUCAAUAGUUGGGUUGUACCUCAUAGGUCUUGAUUUUGCAGAGCAGUGGCUUAACAUGGAAGUCUGGUUUCAACUUUCAACUCUGGAGGAGGGCUCUUGAAGAGCAACGUGUCCUCUAACCAAUUUCAGAGCAAUGGAGUUAUCAUUUCUAAUAGAAUGAUCCAGUAUCUGAUCAUUUCUAUAGUCAAUUAUGCACCUCCAAUACAAACAAAAGUUGUACACUCGAUGGACUCCAUGAGAAAUAUGUUGCUGCUGUUGUGCAGCUGCCGGGAGCUAUUGUUAAAGACAUGCAAGGCGUGAAAAUUUGGGAUCUGUUUUCGGUUAUGGUGCCAAAUCCUGGCAUUGGCUAAGUUGAAAUAUUAGAACUCGGUAAACAUAAUCAGGAACAAUACUUCAUUUUGCUUAAUGUAAUAUUAAUAUGUGAAAAAGAAAAAAAUGACUCCUGAACAUGAAGGACAAUGCUGGAUUGGACAGAGCUGAGCAGGAGGGCCUUCCCCAGAUUUCCGUUCGUUCUGAUGCACCACGAAUCAUCAAAUUGAUGAAUGGAGGAGUUGGGAAGAUAUAGCUUGGUUUUUGAGAGCAGUGAUCGCGAAUGCACUGGAAGUUGCUUCAACCAUAUAUAAAAGAGAUACAAAACUGUGUUGCAUUAGCUAGUUUUGCUGGUGUUC